CAUAACCCAAUCCCAAAAUAAACGGAAAAUAGAGAGAGAAAGAAACAGAGUGCGAAAAUGGAAAGCCAAAGUCAUACGACGACGUUUCUCCUCAUCGCCGCCUUUCUGAUGGUCCUUCACCGGCCAAUCUCAGCCGUCCAAACCCCUUCACCAACAACCAACGACCUAGAUUUCAUCCGUACAAGCUGCAACGCGACUCUGUACCCAGACGUGUGUUUCACUUCGCUUUCAGGCUAUGCCGCCGCCGUGAAAGCGAAUCCCGCGAGGCUUGCCCGUCUCGCCAUCGGCAUUUCCCUCUCACGCGCCAAGUCCACGGCUGCUUACUUGGCCAAACUCUCACACGCCGCCGAGUACGGCUCCGACCACCGCACCGUCGCCGCACUCCACGACUGCGUCUCGAACGUCGGCGACGCGAUCGACGAGAUGCGAGGAUCUCUCAAGCAGCUCCGCGACAUCAACCGUCCCGCUGUCGGAGCGGCGGCGCGGCGGUCGGCGGACACGUUCAGGUUCCAGAUGAGUAAUGUGCAGACGUGGAUGAGCGCUGCUCUUACGGACGAGGACACGUGUACGGACGGGUUCGAUGACGCGGCUGAAGGCGACACCAAGGCGGAGGUUGGCGAGCGAAUCGCCGACGUGAAGAAGUUCACUAGCAACGCUCUCGCUCUUGUUAACUGCUACGCCAAUAACGGAGCUCCCUGAGCUUUUUUUGUUUGUGGGUUUUUUUUUAAGUUAUGUUAGUGUGUGAAAGUGAAAAUCUUUUUCAAGGCUUAAGCGUUAUCUUGUAUAUGAAUGUUUUGGGGAUUUUGUGUUUUUUUUUUCUGUACGGAUUCUGGGAUCUAAGUUUACUAAGUUUUCUGAAGAUUGCAUUCAGCAGUCAAUUUCUUUUCUUUUUCAAGAUAUGAUGAUGAUCAUCCAUGGAUACCAA